AUGGCUGAAAAAACUGUCGUCUUGAUCACGGGAGCUGAGACUUGGCGAAGUCGUUCGGUGGAAAAGGGAACCAAUGAAGCUGGGGUUCAAGUGAUUCAAUUGACAUCUCGAGUGAUGAGCCCACACAGGCAGCCUACGAGACGGUCAAGACUGGUCUGGGCUACAUUGAUGUCUUGGUACAAUGACGUUUACUCGCUGGAUAUGAACAUGGUCGAAGGCGAGUUUACCACGCGCGAGGCAUGGGACAAAAUGUUCGACGCCGACGUCACGGGCACCCACAAUCUCACACGAACAUUCGAGCCUCUGCUUCAAGUUACAGUCCCGGACCAAGGACGCGCGCCUGCUCUUGCUGACGCGGUCUGGUGCAGUCCCGAGAUGAUGGGAACGACCUACGGGCCCGGUCCGCCGCCGCCGGCCGAAUGGUGCAUGGGAAACGCCAUUGGCCUUGACCUCGACGGCUACCGGUCGAGCAAGUCGCCGCUCAACAGGAUGAUGCUAGCGUGGUAUUGGAAUUUGAAGAAUAUCGGCGUCAAGGUCUGGAGCGUGUUGUCGGGUUCUUUGGCGACGAACUUGGGAGGCUCCGGGGGAUCCGUCGAUUGGGGGCGCGCUGAUCAGAAAGACACUGGCAAUGACAAUCUGGAGAGAGCUUCUUGUCCUGGUUUGUUGAGGUUGGUGUUGGUGGUGGACAGCUGUGAGACAAGUACGGAUACGGCAGUUGUUAUUGCUGGUACGAUGGGCCGUGCCCGAGGCUGGGGUGACCACGAUGUUGGUGCGCCACAGGAUCCGGAGUAG